UAUAUAUAUAUAUAUCUAUACACGUCCCACCAAAGUUACACCAGUCGUAAAAUCACUCUCCUUCAGAAGUACCCAAAAGCUGCAGAGCUCGGCUGAGCAGAACAGAGCUGCUAACGGUUUUUCCCCCUACCCAUUUUUUCUUAUUCAUCUCUUCUUUUGAUUCAGUUUCACUAUCCAAUGCCAUUCAGUAUCAUCAGGAACCAGUAGAUCUGAAACAGUUAGUAGAGAAAAUAGUAAACAGUUUGAUCUCUGCAAGAUGAUCACCUGGAGGGACCUGUACACCGUGUUAACAGCGGUGGUUCCUCUUUAUGUGGCGAUGAUUUUGGCCUACGGGUCGGUGCGCUGGUGGAAGAUCUUCUCCCCCGACCAGUGCUCCGGCAUCAACCGUUUCGUGGCCAUCUUUGCCGUCCCUCUCCUCUCUUUCCAUUUCAUCUCCACCAACAACCCUUAUGCAAUGAACUUCCGAUUCAUUGCAGCGGACACCCUCCAGAAGAUCAUCAUGCUCGCCGUCCUCGCCGUCUGGACUAACUUCACCAAGAAUGGUAGCCUCGAGUGGAUGAUAACGAUCUUCUCGCUUUCGACGCUGCCUAAUACUCUGGUUAUGGGCAUCCCUCUGCUCAUCGCCAUGUACGGAGAGUACUCGGGAAGCCUUAUGGUGCAGGUCGUGGUGUUACAGUGCAUUAUCUGGUACACCCUCCUACUGUUUCUCUUCGAGUACCGCGGCGCGAAGAUGCUGAUAAUGGAGCAGUUCCCAGAGACGGCGGCGUCAAUCGUGUCGUUUAAGGUCGACUCCGAUGUGAUGUCCUUGGAUGGUCGGGACUUUCUGGAGACCGACGCCGAAAUUGGCGACGACGGUAAGCUCCACGUCACGGUGAGGAAGUCUAAUGCGUCGAGACGAUCCCUCGGUGGGUCUGUAUUUACGCCUCGGCCGUCGAAUCUCACCGGGGCCGAAAUAUACAGCUUGAGUUCUUCGAGGAACCCGACGCCGAGGGGAUCGAAUUUUAACAACGCCGACUUUUACUCCAUGAUGGGAUACCAGGGCUUCCCGGCAAGGCAUUCGAAUUUCGGUCCCACAGACUUGUAUUCCGUACAGUCCUCUAGGGGCCCAACUCCCAGACCGUCGAAUUUCGAAGAGAAUUGUACACCAAUGGCUCAGACAGUUUCUUCACCGAGGUUCGGAUUUUAUCCGGCGCAGACUGUACCCGCAGCCUCGUACCCGCAGCCAAACCCAGAGUACUCAUCCACCAUUACUAAGAGCUCCAAAAAUCAGCAGCAGCAGCUGGCGCCCAAUAGCAAGGCCAACCAUGACGCGAAGGAGCUACACAUGUUUGUGUGGAGCUCAAGCGCAUCCCCGGUCUCCGAUGCCGGUGGCCUCCACGUAUUCGGUGGAACCGAGUUCGGCGCGUCGGAGCAAUCUGGACGGUCCGAUUUAGGCGCCAAGGAGAUCCGGAUGUUGGUUGCUGACCAUCCGCAAAAUGGGGAAAGCAAAGCAACUGCGGAAAGGGAGGGUUUUGGUGGGGAAGACUUUAGCUUUGCUGGGAAACGUGAAGGAGAAGGAGAACAUGACGAGAGAGAGAAAGAAGGUGACCCCACGGUACUCAACAAGCUGGGGUCUAGCUCCACGGCAGAGCUCCACCCCAAAUCAGCGUCCGGAAUAGCGGAUUCCAGCAUUGGAAAACAAAUGCCUCCGGCCAGCGUGAUGACCCGUCUGAUCCUAAUCAUGGUGUGGCGCAAGCUUAUCCGCAACCCCAACACCUAUUCCAGCCUCAUCGGUCUGGUUUGGUCCCUCGUCGCUUUCCGGUGGCACGUGGUUAUGCCGAAAAUAAUAGAAAAAUCAAUCUCCAUACUGUCGGAUGCCGGGCUGGGAAUGGCUAUGUUUAGCUUAGGUCUGUUUAUGGCUCUUCAGCCCAAGAUAAUUGCUUGUGGGAACUCCAUUGCUGCUUUUGCUAUGGCGGUCAGAUUCCUCACCGGCCCCGCCGUCAUGGCCGCUGCCUCUAUCGCAGUUGGCUUGCGUGGUACCCUCCUCCACAUAGCUAUUGUUCAGGCUGCACUUCCACAAGGAAUUGUCCCCUUUGUGUUUGCUAAAGAAUACAACGUUCAUCCAGCAAUUCUUAGCACUGGGGUGAUCUUUGGGAUGUUGAUAGCACUACCAAUUACUCUUGUCUACUACAUUGUUCUUGGGUUGUGAAUUUUUUACAAUAGCUAGCAGCCAGCCAAAAUACGAAAGAUUAUGAAGUCAUGAAUUCUAAAUGCAUGCAUGUGAUUAAUUAUAUGUCAUACUUGAGUUGCUGGGCAUUGACCACGGUACCAGAAUAUGUUGUUGUUUACAUGAGGGUUUUCCGGCUGAAAUUAUUGGUAGCCAAGUUCCAGAGUUUUGGAGAUAAGAUAGUGUUGACUAAUUAGUGAAAGCCCGGAAUACGAGGAUCGCAUUCACCGCCAACAUUAGCAGCCAAGGUUGAUCUAUUUUUUCAAAUUUGAGAAGAACAAGGAAUGCUCGUCCAGCUUAAGGGGAACACAACGGAGGGAAACAAGGGAAUUAAAGGAUCGGAGUUCCGACGUGCAUGUAAAUUAAGUUUGGUGCUUUCACAAUCCCCCUCAACAGCUAGCGCAGAAAGUGACAAACUUGAUUAAUGAAUUUGAGGAAAAAAGAACAGUAUUCUGCGUAGGAGGGCAUAUUUAACUUUUCAUUGUUUCUUGUUUUUUUUGAAGUAGCUUUGUUCUUAGUGUUGGCUUUGAUUGUCAGAGGAAUCGGCAAUUAUCUGCUAUAUAUUGUCGUUUUUUCUUUAGUUGGUUUGUAAUUGAAUUAGGAUUAUUAUUAUAAAAAAAAGGGGCCAUUAGUCAUUUUGUUGAGACAAA